CGAAGAGGUAGAAAGAAACUUUUCCGAAAGCACAGAUUAUCCCAAAGUGUACAUCUAAGAUGGUAUCGAUUAAUCGGAUGACAUCUCUGUUUUCUGUGUCUUGGGAGCAAACUGUCGUAUGGGUGUGCAGUUUGCUCAUUACACUAUUCAUUUUGUUGGUGAUUCGCCAUCUCAUAAAGCAGCGGAGACCCCGAGGGUUUCCCCCUGGACCGACACCUUUGCCCAUGAUAGGGAAUAUACUGUCCCUAGCCACAGAGCCUCACGUCUACAUGAAGAGGCAGAGUGAAAUCUACGGACAGAUUUUUAGUCUCGACCUGGGAGGCAUCUCAACUGUUAUUCUAAAUGGUUAUGAUGCCAUUAAAGAGUGCCUGUAUCACCAGAGUGAAGUUUUUGCAGACCGGCCAUCACUCCCUUUAUUUAAGAAGAUGACUAAAAUGGGAGGACUUCUGAACUGCAAAUAUGGUCGGGGUUGGAUGGAACACCACAAACUGGCUGUGAACAGCUUCCGCUACUUUGGCAGCGGUCAGAGGAUGUUUGAGAGGAUUUCUGAGGAGUGCCUGUUUUUUCUAGAUGCCAUCGACAAGCACAAGGGCAAGCCCUUUAACCCCAAGCACCUUGUUACCAAUGCAGUGUCCAACAUCACCAACCUCAUUAUCUUUGGGCAGCGAUUCACUUACGAUGAUAGCGAUUUUCAGCACAUGAUCGAGCUCUUCAGUGAGAAUGUGGAGCUGGCAGCUAGUGGCUGGGCCUUCCUGUACAACGCCUUCCCCUGGAUUGAGUACCUGCCCUUUGGGAAACAUCAAAAGCUGUUCCGCAAUGCCAGCGAAGUGUAUGACUUCCUUCUGCAAAUGAUCAAGCGCUUCUCACAACACAGGGUUCCCCAGUCACCACAACAUUACAUUGAUGCUUACUUGGAUGAGAUGGAGCAGAGCGCCACUGAUAAGGCCACGUCUUUCUCGAAAGAGAAUCUAAUUUUCUCUGUUGGUGAACUCAUCAUUGCCGGCACAGAGACCACCACAAAUUGUCUGCGCUGGGCCAUGCUCUACAUGGCUCUAUAUCCAAGUAUACAAGAUAAUGUCCAAAAGGAGAUCGAUUGUGUCCUGAAUGGCAGGCCACCGGCUCUUGAAGACAAGCAGAGGAUGCCCUAUGUGGAAGCAGUGCUCCAUGAAGUCUUGCGCUUUUGUAACAUUGUCCCACUGGGUAUCUUCCGCGCUACCUCUCAAGAUGCAGUGGUGCGUGGCUAUACGAUCCCCAGGGGCACCAUGGUGAUCACUAACCUGUACUCAGUGCACUUUGAUGAGAAGUACUGGAGUGAUCCAUCCAUCUUCUGUCCUGAGAGGUUCCUUGACCUUAAUGGUAAAUUUAUCAGACGUGAGGCAUUUCUCCCCUUCUCAAUCGGCAAACGUCACUGUCUUGGUGAGCAGUUGGCCAGGUUGGAGAUGUUCUUAUUCUUCACCACAUUGCUCCAGAGGUUCCGCCUUCAGUUCCCAGAAGGCUUUAUUCCAACUCUUAGCCCGAAACUGGGCAUGACUCUGCAACCUCGGCCGUACUCCAUAUGUGCCAUCAGAAGAAAGCAGUAAAACUCCCCCCAUGAGCUGUGGCACAUAUGCACUCACCUCAGGGGAUCCUAAGAAGAAACACAGAACGGCAGUGCAAUUCCCUGUCUUAAAUUCCAUCAGGUUUUCAGCUGGGAAUAUUGACCUCUGAUAUUGACUUGUUAAAUUCUCAGAAUGUGUCCUCCAUACUUUCACAGAACCCUGGCAGUAAGUGAUAACAUUACUGUUAAAGAAUACAUGGUAUGGAGAGCAAAGAGUGAGCACAUGUGUAUACAAAUGUGACAAAGACACGCUGUUGCAAGAUUAAGUGUAAAAUGCAUGUUUGAUAACUUGAAUUGAAAAAAGUGUACCAAAGUGCACGUCAAUAAUGAGGUAUUGUGUCAAUAAUUGAUAGGGUUUACCUAUAACUGAGGUUAUAAGAGCUCAGCUGAGACUAGCUGCCUUUCCAAGAAAGUUUUGGAUACACUUUAUGACUCCCAUUGGUUUAAUGCCAUAUAACAGUGUUGAACUAACAACAGCCCUGUCUGUCCCUAGUUUAUAUCAGUGGAAACAGUUUAUCAAGAAACUUGAGCUUUAAAAAAUGGUGCUAUCAUCAAAAGCUGGACUCAUUUUGAACAAUAUAUUUUUAUAGUACAAUGUCCUAUAUUGCUUUUACUUUUUAACCAGUUUCUGAGCAAAGACUCAUUAUUCUUGUUAUAGUUAAACAAACUUGGAAAAAACCUUUACAUA